AUGAAUGCCACAUUUGCCAACCUCCAGCGCGAGCUGCCCUCGUCGGCGCUCGCCUUCAUUGACAACGCCGUCUCGUCCUUUCACAAGAUUCCCGGCUCCGCCAUCUUCUUGCGCUACAUCCGCUCCUCUUACCAAAACGAUCCCGUGCGCAGCGCCGUCGAGCUAUUCCUCGUCAUCUUCGCCGUGCGCUWCUUGCUGGCGCCAUCAUACAGCACCAAGAAGACGAAGAAUGUGCCGUUGACGGAAGAUGAGAUCGACGAACUGGUGGAGGACUGGACACCCGAGCCUCUGGYCAGCGAGGAGACAGACUUUGAGCGAUUGGAAAAUGAGAAACGGCCGGUGAUUGUUGGUCCCGCGGGUCCCAAGACGAAGCUGCAGAAUGGCCGCACAGUCACCAACCUCGCAUCCUACAACCACUACAACUUUGCCGCGAAUGCGGAGCUCACAGCCAAGGCCAUCAACACCGUUCGCACAUAUGGCGUCGGUCCCUGUUCUCCCCCCGGAUUCUACGGCACUCAAGACGUACACAUGAAGAGCGAGGCGGAUAUUGCGGCCCAUCUGGGUGUGGCAGCGUGCAUCAUCUAUGCACAAUCCUUCUCCACCAUCAGCUCCGUCAUCCCAGCCUUUAGCAAGCGUGGCGACAUCAUCGUGGCCGACAAGGCCGUCAACUAUCCCAUCCGUAAAGGUCUUCAAAUCUCACGAAGUACAGUACGCUGGUUCGAGCACAACGACAUGGAGGAUUUGGAACGCGUACUGGCAAAGGUGGUCAAGGAGGGUCAAGGCAAGCAGUUGACUAGGAGAUUCAUCGUGACUGAGGGGCUUUUCGAAAAUGUGGGAGACGUUGUGAAUCUACCCAAGCUGAUUGAGUUGAAGAUGAAGUACAAGUUUCGUCUGAUCCUCGAUGAGACAUGGUCAUAUGGUGUAUUGGGACGCUCUGGAAAGGGAGUUACUGAGCAUCAAAAUGUCGAUCCUACUCACAUCGACAUGAUCAUUGGUGGACUCGCUGGAUGUUUGUCCUCGGGAGGCGGUUUCUGCGCUGGUACGUCAGAAAUCGUCGAGCACCAGCGUCUGUCGGCAUCGGCGUAUACCUUCUCUGCUGCUCUCCCCGCGCUUUUGGCCACGACUGCCUCCGAAACUGUCACGAUCCUUCAAGAGGAGCCUGCCAUCAUUCAAACACUGCGGGAAAACAUCAAAGUCAUGAGAACACAACUAGAUCCGAGAAGCGACUGGAUUCGUUGUUCCAGCGCGCCUGAGAACCCGAUUAUGCUGCUCGUGUUGAAGGACCAAGUCUUGAAAGACAGAGGUUUCACGCGGGCUGAGCAGGAGRGCGUUCUGCAGGAUUGUGUUGACGAGUGUCUAACCAACUCGGUGAUGAUCACUCGUCUUAAGUGUCCUCCCCUCGCUCUCGGCUCUACACCUCGAGACAUCGAGGUCGAGUGGCAACCGAGACCUGCUUUGAAGGUUUGCGUUACAACAGGUCUGUCGAAGAAGGAGACAGAAAAGGCCGGAAUCGUCAUCCGGCAUGCGAUUACAACUGUGCUAAAGUCGAAGAAGUGGCAGCGUAGCCUUUGA